UGGCAGUAUAUAUAGAGGCAUAUCAUUACCAGACGCAUCAUAAGUCACUCGACGACUUGCGAUUACUGUACUCUUGAAGAACAUACGGUCACCAUGAAAUACGUUCUCGUGUUGUGCGCCCUCGCCGUUGUGGCGUUGGCUGAAGACAAAUAUACUGACAAGUACGACAACAUCAACCUGGAUGAAAUCCUGGAGAACAAACGUCUGCUCCUAGCGUACGUCAACUGCAUCAUGGAGAGGGGAAAGUGCAGCCCUGAGGGCAAGGAACUUAAAGAACAUUUGCAAGACGCCAUUGAGACUGGUUGCAAGAAAUGCACGGAGGCUCAGGAGAAGGGAGCUUACAGGGUCAUUGAGCACCUCAUCAAGAAUGAACUGGACAUCUGGCGCGAACUGGCUGCCAAGUACGACAAAGACGGCUCAUGGAGGAAGAAGUACGAGGACCGCGCAAGGGCCAACGGCAUCCAGAUCCCUGAAUAAAACAACCUAACUUGACCUCACCCUCAAGGCCGAAAA